AUGAUUCCACCCAAGUUGGUAGCAUCGAGACUUUCAAGAGCAGACUUGACGCUUGAUGUUCUUAUUAGGACUGGUGUUUUGAGCAAAAUCGGCCCAGGUGUCCCAGUUGAAUUGCUUAUCAACGUCACAGUUGUUGUUGUAGAACUGGAUGAACGCAAAGUCGAUGUCGGCGUUGGCAAGCAUGUCGCCGGUGUAGGAAUCUGGGUAGACACAUUGUGGAGCAGCAGAAAUGUAGUAGUCUUUGGAAGAGUCCUGGGAGUAGUAUUCUCUCAGUUUGGUAGCAAGAGCAGCGUAGCCGGUAGACUCGCCGCUUUCGAUGUCAAAGUCGAAACCGUCAAUGAUGGCAUCACCGAACGGUCUCUCGUCGGCAGACCCGCCUCCAAACAUGUUCCACAGAGUGGUAGCAAAGCCUUCGGCAUCAGAGUCAGAACUGAAACCGUAGCUACCAGUAGCACCGCCAAGAGAAAGGAACACUUUUUUGCCAAGACCCUGACAGGUCUGGAUAUCCUCGGCAAUCUGGUCGCAAUCAAGCAAACCGUCGGAAAACUUGCUGGUGCAAGCGUUGGCAAAGUUCAACGUAGGAAGGGUGUCUGCGUUGGAGAAACUGGUCAUAAAGGAAAGAAGAUAAAUAUCGGCAGCAUCACUUUGACAAUAAGUGGCCAGACUCUCCUGGGAGCCGGCAGAAUUUUGUCCCCAAUAAAGAGCAACGUUGGUUUGGGAACUGGCGUCGAACGCCCACACACAAGACACUAG